CAUAAUUCACCCUUCACGAUGAGAUUUAUGCGUAGGUCGGGGCUUUUUAUGACAUUUGUGGAACCCCCUAUGAUUUUUCUAACAUUUAUACCCUUCUGAUAUCCCCCUUUAUAUCUUAUUACCUUCUUGUAUACUAAUUUUAUUGAUAAUCAUGGCUUCAAAACAUGUUCCUUGCAGGUAUACGUGUUUACUAUUACUCUUGCCUUAUGCCCGCUCUCCGUCCUCCUACUUAUAGCAUCCACAUGCCCAACGCCAGCAAGCAGCCGUCCUUUGCUCCACGCACUUGCGUAUAUUUUAAUCAUCCCUUAGAUCGACUUCCGUAACCUGAUAGUGAGAGCUUAGUAUUAGUCAGCGAGAAGAGUGCCAUCUAAUGCAUGGUCACGUUAUCCAAGCACCAAAAUCAUCCAAUCAUCUUGUUGAGAUCAAAAAUAGAAUCCAGUCAAAAAGCAGCAUCCCACUUGAACUGUCGAGUGGACGACAUCCAGCUAACAAAGACAUCCAGAGACCUCGAACUAUCCAUCUACAAAUGGGCAAAACCAGCGGCCGCAAGGAUAUUUAUCACUAUGGCACGCUGUACUCGAGAUGCGCCCCAGCUUGUUAACUGCAAGUGGUGGAAGCGAGGCUACUGCCAGAGGGGAGACCUAUGCUACUUCCGCCAUGAUCCUUGCCUACUGGGCGUUGACCAGAAGGCUGAUGUGUCCACGAAUCCGAGCGAUGCGAACGCUACCACUCAGAUUACCAGUAAGUGCCGCAUUCAUGAUACUAUUAUUGAUUCCGCUUUGUAUUGAUGCCUAGGCGUAAGAACAUGUUAAACGUCGGAGAGUCUCGGAAUAUAGUUAACUAACGGUCUUUUUUACAGAUAAACCAUCACAGCCUGGUCAAGCACACGGCUCGGCCAAGGAACCUGAGCGUUGCUCUAUCUGCUUAGAAGUUCCGAAAAUAUACGGUUUAUUGACUAAAUGUGAUCAUGUAUUUUGCCUAGGUUUGACAUCUCCAGUCGCUGCGUAUGUUGGAGCUUCCACUAACGAACUUGAUGGCUAGAAUGUAUUCGACGUUGGAGAAAUCCCAAGAAAGAAGAUCGGAGUAGUGGCGACAGUGACAGCUCUUAUUCUGGUGAAUUAUCUGCGAUAUGGGGCUCUAAAUCAAAAAAAUCUUGUCCCUUAUGCCGUAAACCCAGCAGAUACGUUAUACCCUCCGCAAUAUUUCCUGCUCCACCUGUAGGUACAGGAGACUCUAAAGGUACAGUUGAAAACGAGGCACCGUCCUCCAAUCAAUCUGAACCCAAUGGAAAAUCCUAUGCUACACCUAACCCAUUGAAGACUUCGAUCGUCAAAGAAUAUAACCGGAGUAUGAAGAGGAUACCCUGCCGGUACUUCCAGACUGCUGUAAAAAACUGGAAACAGGAGUUAGACGAAGCAACAGAAAAAAAGAGAGAAGCGCCUCCAUUUCGACCGGGAUGCUAUUUUGGAAACAAAUGCCAUUACGCCCAUAUUGAUCCUCAGGCUGGCCAGCCAUAUAUAUUCGAUGCCGCGCUCAUCAAAGAGAUUAAUAGAAAGCGAUCACGGCGUAAAACCCAACGCCGAGGAUGGAGCGAUCUGGAUGAUUAUCCCGUUUUCUUUGGUGAUCUAGAACCGGAUCUUGAGUAUGCUUUUCUAACUGCCUAUCUGGAAACAGGCAAUGACUGGGAAAUAGGAAAUAACUGGGAUGUAUUAGAUGACAGUGAUUAAGACUGGCAUACAGGAAUUACACAUCCUAAUGAGCUUUUCAGUGAUGAAAGAAUGUGGUCAUAUAUUAUUGACAUAUUUUGUAAGAUAGGUUACAGUGGCCCUGCUUCUUCGGUAUGGUAAAUAUACAUGGAGACUACGUGCUCAUUUUGAGCUUGCCAUCUUCCUUUCCUCAAUAUUCUGCCCAUCCUGUUUCAAGGCAUUUUGAAGUAGCUUUCUAUGUUGUCAUAGCGACCUCUAUAUUAGGGUUGUAAAAGUAUUGUGGAUUUUCUUUUAGCAUUGAUCUGAGCCGAACAGUUCGCAACUCCUAAGGAGGUAUAACAAGCGUUUAUCCAUGCAUUCAAGGAGGUGUUGUUCUCGAGCUACUUUCCGAUGUAUCUGAAUUGGCAUUGAUUAUGGGCGGCGAAUGAGUAUUUCGUAGGCUAGUAUUUCGCUGAAGUAUUUCUUUGAUGACCUGUUUCUUCUCCUAAAGUAAUCUUAAUCUGCCAUUGUUACAUAAAUGGCUUGUUUUCAGAGCAUAUUGGAUAUAGUUGCCGCGUUGCACUGUUCAGCGGUGGUGAGCUGUACCUUGAUAUUUGCCGUUUCCUACCAGGUCCGCGCAAAUCUCAGUGGGCUUGGACACCUGCAUUGGGUGGACCAUGACUGUAGGGCCAACCUCGCUCAUGGACAGGGCAAAGGGCUGUUUGGUAUUGAUAUCUUGUCCCUGUGCCGUCGUCUCAAACUUGGUCCGCUUAUCCAAUUUUCUAUGGCUGAUCGUCCGGCAGCUUUCUGCUCCUAUCCCGCC